CUGACCCUCGCCGGCCCGGCCCAGGCCCGCAGCCCAGUCUCGGUACCUGCGCCACGUCAGGCGCCGGCGGCGGCGGAGCGCCUGGGACCGCGGGGCUGAAGCGGAGCGCCAUGGCCGACUGGGCUCGGGCUCAGAGCCCCGGAGCUGUGGAGGAGCUUCUGGACCGGGAGAACAAGCGCAUGGCCGACAGCCUGGCCUCCAAAGUCAGCAGGCUCAAAUCGCUGGCCCUGGACAUCGAUAAGGAUGCGGAAGACCAGAACCGGUACCUGGAUGGCAUGGGCAAGGACGUGAGCCGGCAGGAGCCAGGAGCAGCUGGUGUCUUCCCCGCUGGGCACACAGGGCUCCGGAGGAUGCGCCUGCAAAAUCCUUGGAAAUCGUGCUCGUGGGUCAGGAGUCUUCUUGCAGUGUGGCGGCUGCCUGUGCCGCCUCUCCUCAGGAGCUCCUGUGGGUGUGGCCGUGUGUGGAAGAGACCUUUCACCUGGGGAGACCGAGGCCCGACUGCCACCCCUGCCCUCGGGGCCGCGGCUUGUCAGGAGGAGACGGGUCUGGGCAGAGCAGCUCCUCCAGCCCUUGGGGUUCUGGCAGGUGAAGGCGUCUCUGUCCUGGACCUGCCCAGUGAGGCCUGGCACCUGAGCCUGCAGCAGGCAGGGCCGGGGGCUGCGGUCUGGCCCACGGCGAGCCGUUUCCUCCCUUGGAGGUCCUCCGCCUGGCCAGGCUGCUGGGGUCGGGUGCCAGUGUGUGCUAGGAGUCCUGUGGGUGAAGCCGGACCUUUGGGGAGGGCUGGGGGUGCCCAGGACCCCUCCCCGUCCUGCAGCCAAGCGUCUGGGAGCAGAAACCCAGGUUCUCGGGCUCAGGACCUGCCCGGAAGAUGGGUUUCCAGAACAGACCUGGAGGCUGGCACGUCUGGCGCUGCCGAGUCAGGCGGAGUGUGUGUGUUUUGUCGGGGGGAGGUCCCUGAAAGGACUUUCAUCGGAUCUGUUGGCAGUUGCCUCACAGUUUGCUGCUCCGCCGAGCCUGGUCUUCCUCCUAUAGCCACUCUCACUCUCUGGGCCCCCCUGCUUGCCUUUUUUAAAAAAGGAUUUCUCUGAGAGGCAGAGUGUGAGAGAGAAAGAUUGUUCGUCUGCUGAUUCACCCCUCAAACGGCUGCCGUGGCUGGAGCUGGGCCGGCCCAAAACCAUAGCCUGGAACGCCGUCCGGGUCUCCCGUUGUGAGCCAGGAGUCCAGGCACUUGGGCCGGCCUCUGCUGCCCUCCCAGGUGUGGCAGUGGGGGGCUGGAUUGGAAGUAAAGCUGCCUGGGCUUGAACCACCACUCGUAUGGGUGCCACCAUCGCAGGCGUGGCUUAACCACUGUGCCACAGUGCCCACCCCGCUUCUCGCCCCCAGCCUCUGGAGGCUGUCCCGGCCCUCAUUGCCUGCUUGGCCAGCCCCAUGUUCACACAGACAGCCACAGGCCAGCAGAGCCAGUGACUUCUUCCUGCCCCACGUGGAGCCUCCCAGCACCCUUGUCAUUGCCUAACUGUGCCUUCAAGGAAGGGACCAUGUGGCUCUGUGCCCUCUUCUGUCCUGAUUCUCUGCUUCCUGGUGGCUCCUCUCACCUAAGGAUCGUUGGCUGACCGUCCACCCACCUGGGCCACACUGUGUCCUGUCUGUCCAGAACUUCCUCCUCUGAGGCCUGCUGAUCGCGCUAUUGCCUGGGCACCCACCCCUUCCUCCAUACAGUCACUGCGGCCCCCUAAUCUCACCUGGCCUCCUGUUGCAGCUGCCUGAGCCCUGAAGCUUCCUGGAGGAGGGAGGUUUGUACCCUGACCUCCUUCCACAAACAACCAGGUCUGAGCCCCACUGCCACCCUCUGGGCUUGAUGUUCCCUGGAACCCCCUGGGCUGGGCUGAGCUGGGCUUGCUUCUGCCUGGUCCGUGGUUGUCCCUUUGCAGGCUCACGUCACUGUCACUUCCCAGGGUCCUGUGCACCACCGCAGCUUCGGCUUAGCCUUUGGAACCUGUGCCCUACGCCACGUGCCCACUUGUGCUUCCUGAAGUCACUGGGGGACAAAGCAGACCCCGGGGAGCUCCUGCCCAGCAGGCACCACUCAGCUGUUGCCAAUGCCCACUGGGAUUCUGGGUUUGUGCUUCCGCGACUCCCACCCCGAGAAGCACUAACGCCCCUCUCCUCAGGUCUCUGUCUGCCUCCCCGCUGCUCACUGUGGGCUCCUGGCAGCCCUUCUGGCUGUGCUGGGGCCUGGGUUGUAGCUCCUGUCUCGUUUGUCAUUGUCCUUACAUCAGAAUGGGCCCCAUGGAGGGAUGGCAGCCCCACCAUGACUGCCAGACCACUGUCCUGAGGGACCCCGUACCCAGCUCUGUGGAUAAGGGUUUUACUGACUUCAACCUCUGGUGCCAGCAAGCCAAAAAAGACCUUGGGGUCUCCCAUCCAGGUGAGGACAGAGUGCCAGGCUCUGUGCCACCAAGAACAAGGCGUCUCAGCUCUGGAGAUGCAAAAUAAACAUCGCAGCAUCAGAAGUAAA